AUGGCUGUCGCUAGACCUAUCCGCAUGCUCUCCGCGGCAUGCGUGGUGUUUGUGAUCUUCAUGGUGUUCCGGAUGAACAGAGACUCUUCGUAUGUCGGGACGGGGUCAGGCCCGUACAAUGGCAUGAAGUCCGAUCCGCUUAAAGAGAUAACCGGUGAACCCGAUGGCAACUUGUGGCGCGCCGACGAGCACGAUUACUCUCCUGACAGCCCCAACUCCGCCCGAACCAACGCAGCCAUCAUCUCCCUCGUCCGGAACGAGGAGCUCGACGAGCUGAUUCCUAGCAUUCGUGACUUGGAGAGGACCUGGAACUCCAAGUUUAACUACCCCUAUAUCUUUUUCAACGACAAGCCGUUCACCGCGGAGUUCAAGAAGCGAACUCAGGCCGAGACCAAGGCCAAAUGCCAAUAUGAGCUGGUUCCUAAAGAGCACUGGGACGUCCCGAAGUAUAUCGACAUGGACCUCUUCAAAGAAUCCGCGGAGCUUCUGAAAGAGCAGGGUCUCCAAUACGCUGAUAAGGUCUCCUACCACCAAAUGUGCCGCUGGAACAGCGGCAUGUUCUACAAGCACCCCGCCCUAGAGAAGUACCGCUACUACUGGCGCAUUGAGCCCAAGGUCCAAUUCUUCUGCGACGUUGACUACGAUAUCUUCCGGUUCAUGGAGGACGGCAACAAGACCUACGGUUUCACGAUCAACCUUUUCGACGCACCCGAGAGUAUCCCGAAACUUUGGCCAACGACGCAAGAGUUCCUCGCCGCGAAUCCGUCCUACCUCUCCGAUAAUAACAUGAUGGCAUGGUUGACUGAUGACCAACUCCGACCCGAACACACCCGCGAUGCCAACGGAUACUCGACCUGCCAUUUCUGGUCCAACUUCGAGAUUGGCGACAUGGACUUCUUCAGGGGGGACAAAUACUCGGCUUACUUUGAUUAUCUCGAUCACGCUGGUGGCUUCUUCUACGAAAGAUGGGGUGACGCUCCUGUCCACUCAAUCGGUGUAGGACUGUUCGCAGAUGCUGCCAACGUUCACUGGUUCCGUGAUAUUGGAUACCGUCAUGUCCCCUACUUUAACUGCCCCAAUUCGCCCAAAUGCUCCGGCUGCACACCUGGUAAAUUCUACGACGGCGCAUCAUUCCUCGCCAAAGAAGACUGCCGGCCCAGUUACUUCAAGCACGUCGGAACGCACUGA